GAUUUAGAGCCCAAUUGAAUGUAAUGUAACUGGGCUACAAAAACCCAUAUGUAAGGGCCCUUUUUGUGAUUAUUAUAUUUUAUAUUUGUUUAUGAUGAUUUUUUCCGGUUUUACUCGUUUCUUUUUUGGCGGGUGGCUCCAAGGCAAUUACGGAGCCCGCCCAAGGACAUUCUAGUAAUUUCGGAAGCCGAAAUUCUAGGGUUUCCUCCCCCCAAUUAUAAAACGCCCCGUCCAGGCCCCCGCCGAGUAUUUCGUUCCCUCGCUCCGCCGUUUCUGUUGCUCCUCCGUUCUGGUUCCACCUGCUCUCUUCUCUUCGGACAAGACGAAGUACAUCUUGUCUGCGUCCUGAACUCCUAAACUUGAGCUCUAGUCUCGAGGUCUCAAGUUCACAAGCCUAACAAUAUGUCUGAAUCAGAGGAAACGAAGAGGAAUCUCCAUUCUGCUGGAGAUCUGUCCGAGGAAGACAGCGAGAACUGCAGCAGCAGCAACAGCAACGGGGUUGAUACGAAGAAGACUUGCGUUGAUUGCGGUACCAGCAAGACUCCUCUAUGGCGAGGUGGCCCCGCCGGACCUAAGUCAUUGUGCAAUGCAUGUGGGAUCAAAAGCAGGAAAAAGAGGCAAGCAGCACUCGGAAUAAGACCAGAGGAGAAGAAGAAAAACAGAAGAACCAACAACAGUAAUAACCUAGGACUUGACCAACAGAACAUCAAGAACAUUUGCAAUAACAAAACUGAUGAUAAUAGCAAAGGAGUUGGCAGAUUCUUGGAUUUAGGGUUUAAGGUUCCAGUGAUGAAGAGAUCGACGGUGGAGAAGAAGAGGCUGUGGAGGAAACUCGGCGAGGAGGAGAGAGCCGCUGUUCUGCUAAUGGCCCUUUCUUAUGGCUCUGUUUACGCAUGAGCUCCCCUUUUUGUCCCAUUCAUCGAGUAGUUUAAGUAGUGAGAUUAAGAGAUUCAUAUAUAUCCAUGUAUUGUAUGUGUAGUGAGUUAAUUUUUUUAUGCCCCAUCUAGUAUUGCUUUAAUGUUUUCUA